UAACAAUCCCUUUCCUUUCUUUUAUUAUCAACAACAAUGAAGAUUUCUCUUUGCAUUGCCCUUUUGGCUACUACUGCCACUUUGCUCAACGCUGCUCCUACUGAAAAGACUCACACUUUCCCUUUGACUACCAACCCUAACUUCAAGCCUAAUGCUAAAGCCUCUAUUGCCAAGGCUAGAGCAAAAUACUAUAAGCAUCUCACUGGUGUUUCUGCUGAUGGUAGUGGUACUGUUCCCAUGACUGAUGAUGGUGGUGAUCUUGAAUACUAUGGUACCGUCUCCAUUGGUACUCCUCCUCAAGAUUUGAAGCUCGAUUUUGAUACUGGUUCCAGUGAUCUUUGGUUCGCUUCCACUCUUUGCAGUGGAUGCGGUGGAUCUCAAACCAAGUACGAUCCUACCAAGUCUAGCACUUACAAGAAGGAAGGAAAGCCCUGGAGCAUCAGCUACGGUGAUGGAUCUAACGCCAAGGGUAUUACUGGUCUUGAUACUGUCACUCUCGGUGGUCUUGCCAUCAAACAACAACGUAUUGAAUUGGCUCAAUCUGAAUCUGGUCAAUUCCAACAAGGUGCCACUGAUGGUUUGCUCGGCUUAGGUUUCGAUAGCAUCUCUACUGUUUCUGGUACCAAGACUCCUGUGGACAGUCUCAUCGCUCAAGGAUUGAUCUCUCAACCCAUCUUCGGUGUGUUCCUCGGCAAGAAGAGCAGCGGUGGUGGCGGUGAAUACGUCUUUGGUGGCUACAACAAGGCCAAGGUAUCUGGUUCUUUCACUAAAGUACCUGUUGACAACUCUAACGGCUGGUACCAAAUUGAUGUCGAUGGUGGAUCUGCUGGCAAAGGCUCCAAGAUUGACAAGUUCAAUGGUAUUGUUGACACUGGUACCACUCUCUUGUUGUUCACUGAUUCCGUUGCUCAAGAAGUCGCUAGUGCUUAUAGUGCUACUGACAAUGGUGAUGGUACCUAUUCCAUUUCUUGUGAUGCUUCCUCUCUCUCUCCUUUGACUUUGACCAUUGGUGGUACUGACUUUACUAUCCCUGCUGAAGAUCUUAUCUACGAUAAGGAAGGUAGCCAAUGUAUUGCUGGUUUCGGUAGCUCUGGUAUGGAAAUGGCCAUUCUCGGUGAUGUCUUUAUCAAGAAUGUCUACACUGUGUUUGAUCAAGGUACUCCUUCUGUUCAAUUUGCCAAGCUGGCUUAAAAUGGAUGAUGAUGUUUAGCGCCGUGCGACUAGUAUAUCUUUAUCUGUCUCAUUGUUUAGUUGUAUUACUUUGACAUCCUCUUCCUUUAUCUUUUUUUUGUAUUACUAUCAUUAUCUUUUAUGUAAUAAAUAAAGGAAGUUCUUUUUUUAUUC